CCUCAGUCUUAGUGCCAAACCUGAAGAGCCUGUGCCUAGGAGCUCCCUCCCAGCCACUGAGCUGUGUCGUGAGAAGCCAAGACCUGCAGAAGAUUUUCCUCUCCGUUCCAUGUCCAGAGACACAGGUGUACAAAGAGCCACCUGACACCUGACCUGAAGCCAGAGGAAACCGGUUGACAGCCUGCAGAGCAGACCCAACAUGUGCAGCACCAGUGUAUGUGACCUGGAAGACAUCCCCCUGGAAGACGAUGACCCAAACAGCAUAGAAUUCAAAAUCCUGGCCUUCUAUGCCAGACAUCAUGUCUUCAAGAGCACCCCGGCUGUCUUCUCCCCCAAGCUCUCCAGAACAAGAAGUUUGUCCCAGAAGGCACUGGGGACUUGGUCAACUGAUUCGUGGACACAGGUGUCCUUGCCUUGUAGGAGCUCCCCCUCCAGUGAAAAGCACUUAAGCCUUUUCAAGAAGAAGUCUUCUUGGAGGACCUUCUUCAGAGCAACUGAGGAAGAAGGCUCACUGAGCUCCCCAAAGGAGGCCCAUGCUCAGGGCCUGGUGGGCCCCUUUGUGGUAGAGCGUCAGGGUGCCUCCUAUAACCAGCCCUGGACCAGGUCCCUUUCCAAUGUGGAGCAGCGCCUGGAGAGCGAAGCUGUGGACCCCAAAGUUGCUUGUAUUGCUAACCGAGUGGCUGAAAUUGUUUACUCCUGGCCACCACCAGAAGACAGCCAUAGCCAGGGAGGAGGCUUCAAGCUCAAAGAGAGUAUCCCAAAGAUUCCACACUUCCGGUUAGAAGGGAGAUCUUGUGAUUCCAAGAAAGCAGAUGGAGAAGACCAAAUAAUCAGCAAAAUAGUUGAGCUGCUGAAAUUCUCAGGGGACCAGCUGGAAAGAGAGAUAAAGAAAGAUAAGGCUUUGAUGAGCAGCUUCCAGGAUGGGCUGUCGUACUCACUGUUCAAGACUAUCACGGACAUGUUCCUGAGGAAUGUGGACACCAGAGGAGAAUCAGAGGUCAAAGCUCAGGGCUUCAAGGCUGCCCUUGCAAUAGACGCCAUAGCCAAGCUCACAGCCAUCGACAACCACCCAAUGAAUAGGAUGCUGGGCUUUGGGACCAAGUACCUAAAAGAGUGCUUCUCCCCCUGGGUCCAGCAGAACGGUGGAUGGGAAAAAAUACUUGGGAUAUCACAUGAAGAAGUAGACUGAAACAGCCAAAGACCUGCCAUCUGGAAUGGUCCUUGUCCAACAGUGGUCCUGUGCCCACUGUGCUCAGCAUAGACUUCAGGAGAAAAUGAAAACAUACGCAGCAGAUGGAGCGCAAAAUUGCUAGAACCAUCCUUUGACUCAGGAGGUACCAGGAGGGGCCUUGCUCUCUCCAGCUCGUAGGACUCAGCAGCAUGGACCGCUUCUGAGUGUAUGAGGGAGCCCAUAAAGAUAAGUGGUCAUUUUACCUUUAAAUGUUCAGACAGGAAACCAUCCUGUUAGGUACAUUAGAGGAAGCAUUUAACAGGUGUCUGUCCAUCUUGUGGAAGUGAAACCAUAAACUAUGUGUGUGCUUACUUUGUAGUCUCCAGUGCUGUUUGUUCCUCAGACUGCAUUUGGGAUAUCUUGAUAAUGGCAUCAUCUCAAGUUUGCCUUCAGGAGGAUGUCUCUAUUUGUGUCACAGAGGAAACUUGAGUAAGUCUUGCUGAUACAUUCUCUCAAAAAACACUGUGGCAGUUUGAUAAACUUCCAUUUGGUACA